UGAAGCGGCACACUAGUCAGUCGUUUCUAAAUCGGAACCACGCUCAGACAUAGAAAACGUAGACAACGUAUAUUUCGUUUCGGUUUAUUCGAAAUUGUUCUUUGGUUUCAACAUAAAAAAAUUCCUUUUUUUUCGUUUUUAUUUUAUACACAACGAGCAGAGUUAUAUACAUUCAAUUCAAAUCAACUACUUUCCAGUCCAUAGAAUUUUUUUUAGUGAUAAAAGAGAAUUACCAAUAUUUCAAUACGUUUUGCUAAGGAUAAAAGAUUUAUUUUGUAUACGUCAUACAGUUUUUUUUUUAAACAAACAAAAGAAAUUCAGAAAUGUAUCAUUUAAAAACAAUUGUAUCGCGAAGUGCAGCCAUCGCUUCAAAACAGCAAUUGGCCAAAUUUGCUCCAGUCACCGUUUUGCCCAGCCGCAAUUAUGCCGAUCAUCAAAUUCCUGAACGUCUGAAGGAUGUGGCAACAGCUAAAGAUCCACGCUUCUUUGAUAUGGUCGAAUAUUUCUUCCAUCGUGGUUGCCAAAUUGCCGAAGAUAAAUUGGUCGAAGACAUGAAAGGUGACAGCUUGGAAGAGCGCAAAAAGAAAGUUAAAGGUAUUUUGAUGUUGAUGCAAGGAUGUGAUCACAUCAUUGAAAUGUCAUUUCCAUUGCGUCGUGACUCUGGCGAUUAUGAAAUGAUUACUGGAUACCGAGCACAACAUUGUACCCACAGAACACCAACUAAAGGAGGUAUACGGUAUUCUCUCGAUGUGUGCCGCGAUGAAGUUAAAGCUUUAUCAGCCUUGAUGACAUUCAAGUGUGCGUGCGUUGAUGUACCAUUUGGUGGCGCCAAGGCCGGUUUGAAACUCAAUCCAAAGGAAUAUUCCGUUCAUGAAUUGGAAAAAAUUACACGUCGUUUUGCCCUUGAAUUGGCGAAAAAAGGUUUCAUCGGACCAGGUAUCGAUGUACCGGCUCCUGAUAUGGGCACCGGUGAACGUGAAAUGGCAUGGAUCGCUGAUACAUAUUCAAAAACGGUUGGCUAUCAAGAUAUCAAUGCCCAUGCUUGUGUUACCGGUAAACCAAUCAAUCAAGGUGGAAUUCAUGGUCGUAUUUCGGCCACAGGUCGUGGUGUAUUCCAUGGUUUGGAAAAUUUCAUCAAUGAAGCAAAUUACAUGAGUGCCAUUGGUACAACACCAGGAUGGGGUGGUAAAACAUUCAUUGUACAAGGUUUUGGUAAUGUCGGUAUGCAUACAUGCCGUUACUUAACACGUGCUGGUGCCACAUGUGUUGGUAUCAUUGAACAUGAUGGAUCAAUUGUCAACCCAGACGGAAUUGACCCAAAACUAUUGGAAGAUUACUUAACACAACACAAAACAAUCGUUGGAUUCCCAGGUGCUAAGGCAUAUGAAGGUGAAAACCUUAUGUUUGAACCAUGUGACAUCUUUGUGCCGGCCGCUAUUGAAAAAGUCAUAACAAGUGAAAAUGCGAGUCGCAUUCAAGCAAAGAUUAUUGCAGAGGCAGCCAAUGGGCCGACAACACCGGCAGCCGACAAAAUUCUUCUUGAUCGUAACAUUUUGGUUAUACCCGAUUUGUAUAUUAAUGCCGGUGGUGUGACCGUUUCAUUCUUCGAAUGGCUUAAAAAUUUGAAUCAUGUCUCAUAUGGUCGUUUAACUUUCAAGUAUGAACGUGAAUCAAACUAUCACCUUUUGGCCUCAGUUCAGAAGUCAAUUGAAAACGCAAUUUUGAACGAUGAAUCGGUGCAAGAGUCAUUGGAACGUCGGUUCGGUCGUGUCGGUGGUAAAAUUCCAGUAACACCAUCCGAAGCCUUCCAAAAACGUAUAUCAGGUGCAUCGGAAAAGGAUAUCGUACACUCUGGCUUGGACUAUACCAUGGAACGUUCAGCUCGUGCCAUUAUGAAAACUGCCAUGAAAUACAAUUUGGGAUUGGAUUUACGAACCGCCGCCUACAUCAAUUCAAUUGAAAAGAUCUACACAACAUAUCGCGAUGCUGGUCUCGCCUUCUAAAUUCCGAACCACCGUAGUAGAUGCGCAAUAUGUGCACAAUACUAUGUACCGUAUUUUUUUCUCUUUUGUUUCGAAUCUAACACAAGCAAGCAAUAGAUAGCGAGCGGCGAUUUAAUGGCAAAUUCAAUUUAAAAACGAUUCACUUUUAUUCACACAGUUCCAUUUUAUGUAAUGAUUUGCCAUAUUUUCGCCAAUUUAUUAUUCUGAAAAGAAGAAAAACACCAACAAAAAUUAUAUAUUUUUUCUGUUCACAUUAUUAUUAUCGACCGGUUUUAUGUUUAGUUUGUAU